CCUAGACACAGGGGGUUUAACAAAUAUUUCUAGGGCAAAUGGCAGAGAGCGUGGAGCAAAGGCGCGAGCGGCUGCGUGCGCUGCGCGAGGCUGUGGAGCUCGGCGGCGCUGGGGAUGAGGAUGCGCCUGGAGUGGAAGCCGCCGAUGGCGAUGGCGAGCAAGAGGUCGAUGCGAAUGGCAAAGAAAAUUUACAAGAGGAGAAAGCAGAUCUUCCCCCUAUAAGGUUUCGGAAUUAUUUGCCGCGCGACGAGGAGCUCCAAAAGCUGAAAAGAGAACCUCCUGUUCUUCCCAAAUUCGAGGAUCCCGUUGCCGUGCCUACUGAUACAAGCAAUGCAGAGGAUCCCAUGCUUAGCAUCGCUCCAAAGAAGGCCAACUGGGACUUGCGUAGAGACGCUACGAAGAAGCUGGAGAAACUGGAGAAACGAACAACGCGUGCUAUAAUCGAACUCAUGGCCGGAGAGAAAGAAAACCGGAAGAAACUAGGCUAUGAACAAGACUAAGCUUCUCUUCGCUUUUUUGUUCUCCUAGAAGGAACUGUAUUUGUACAACUCUGAAGGCUAAUCUCUUUUUUACUUCGACUACAAAAUUGAAUCACUGGGACUAGUUUUCUCAUCUUUUCUUGGAGCUGAGGUACAAGCAUACUCCGACUGCUGUCAACGAGGCCGACGCCGCCAAAAUCGCCUCAAGCUCCGUUCGAAGCCGCGAAGUGCUAGCGUCGCUCUGCUCCAAGGUGUCCGUCAGCUCGACUAUUCUCUCCCUCAUUCGGGGCCUUUUUGUUAUCUCCGACUGCAAAGAGCUGGGUCUCGAGCUUUGAUAUCUGGAGCUGUUUCUGCUUGAGCGCUUCGACCACCCUGCACACGGAGUUCCUCAGGGUGGCGUAAUCCUUUUCAAGCGUAGUGCCACUUUUUUGAGCCUGACUUAUCUGCCCGACAAAGAGAGGAAGUGCCGUGGCCGCGAACUCUGGAUCACCACUGUUAUCACCAGCGUCAUCGGCUGCCAUGGUUCUCACGUCCUUGUUGAGCUUGGAGAGCAUUUCAGCGAGCUGGAGCUCCUGAGUUUCCAGCUCCUGGCACUGCUUCUGAGUCGAGGCCAGGGCGGUCUCAAGCUUUCUAUUGUGCUCCUUGACGACGUCGCCUUCUUCUCGCAACACGUCCAGCAUGCUGGUGGCGUUUAUGAUCUCCUGCUUUGCUGCUGCCACGGCCUCCGUUAACCUUUGCAGCUCUUCCUCGACGAUCUCCUUGGUGAACUCGGGAUGGAAGUGCUCGUCCCCGGUAGCAUGAACCUCGCUGGAACGUCCUCGGCUCUCUGCAAAACACUCGACAAGUCCCGGUUAUUCCGAUCCUUCUCGACAUGAAGCUGCUGCUUGAGCUGGUCCUGGACCUCAGAAGCCUUGAUGCUCACUACCUGAAAGCGCCCACCGAGCUGCUGGAUCUCCCGCUCCAGCGCCUCGUUCUUCAAGUCCAUGGUAUGCAACUCGUCCUCGAGCUCGUCAAUCUUGACAACGUAGUAGUGCCUCUCGGCGUGCAGCAUGGACAUCUCCUUCAUCAGCGACUCGUUGAGCUGCGAGAGAUUCGACGCCUCAUGGGUGGCGGAGAGCGCGGCGAGGACGACAUAUCUGACGAGAUGUAUCCUUCGUCGACAUAGAAACUUCCCUGUUGGCGAACCAUUGUGUCAGUCAUCUUGGCUAUCAUCGAGAGUUCUUACCACCGAGAUGAGUGCUUUGCGAGAGAGACAAGCCUCCGAGCAAAGCGAAGAGCCGGAUCGAAUGGAGGAAUCCUUGGAGAGGCUGAGAGAACUAAAGGGGAAGAGGGGAUUGAUCGAGGAGACGAGGCAGCCACAGUCCGAGCAAGGCGAAGAAAGCGAUAGAAGAAAUGGAGUCUUUUUGGAAGAGAACUCGCGGGGUGCCAUGCCAUGCCCACCCGUUCAUGCCUCCAAAAAAUUGAAUUCCACGUCAUUACCGCGUGGGGUUGACGUGGAGAUGACGCUACUGGC